CCAUAAAUGGUGGGGCUAUAAGUCAAGAUAAUAAGAAUGCGCUUUUAAUGGCUUUGAUAACCGUUUAAACCCUUGAAAAAUUGUGGUUACACGUUUGCUUUAUGUAUUUAUAUAUAUAUAUAUAUAUAUAAAUAAAUAAAUCACCCACUUUCUUUUGUAAUUAACCCAAGUUAUUAAAAUGAAAAGGUCUAUUUCAUCGUACGAAUCCUCGCAAUCAUCCUUACAGUCGCCCUCGUCGAAAUCUUCAAAGAGACUCCGAUUAGAACUGGAGAUAUUCGAUAAAAAUAUUAAAGAUAUCGAAAAAAUGUUUAACUUCAAUCACAUCUCAAAAUCCGUCAAACCACCAAUAUUACCCUCGCAGAAAGUCCCGAUCUUGAAGAGCAAUAAUAUCGACUUGUUUGAUAUUGAAAUUGAUGAGGAGAUAGACAUCAAGAUUAAUUUGGAGAAUGACCUAAAAUUAAUCGACCAAAUGAUACUACAUUCUUAUUAAAACAAACACUAUUAAUACGGGUAUUAAUAGUAUAUUAUUUAUUUCUUGAUGUAUAUUUAAUAAACGGAGGGGUUUUUGUUUGUUUACUGUAGAUCUAUGGCAAU